UUCACAUAGCGGUUUGUUAUUAGAGUUGGUUAGAAGUCUGUUUACUAGUAUAAAAACCAAAACAUCUUAACACGCCGGUAUUGAAAGCACCAGGGUUUCUUAGUAAAUACGAGAAGAAUGGCUGAACCACUUAAGCAACAUGUCUUGGAAAACAAGCCACUGGAAAAAACAAAGAAAGAUCCCAAGCGGAUGUCAGUGGAGAGGAUCUAUCAGAAGAAGACUCAAUUGGAGCACAUUCUGCUCCGUCCAGACUCCUACAUUGGCUCUGUAGAGCCUGUUACCCAACAAAUGUGGGUGUAUGAUGAGAAUGUGGGACUGAACUGCCGUGAUGUGACAUUUGUUCCUGGACUGUACAAAAUUUUUGAUGAGAUUCUUGUAAAUGCAGCUGACAAUAAACAGAGGGACAAGAGCAUGUCUUGCAUCAAGGUCAACAUUGAUGUCGAAAACAACACUAUCUCUGUGUGGAAUAAUGGGAAGGGAAUUCCUGUGGUGGAGCAUAAGGUGGAGAAGGUGUAUGUGCCUGCACUCAUCUUUGGACAGCUCCUCACCUCCAGUAAUUAUGAUGAUGACGAGAAGAAAGUCACUGGUGGGCGUAAUGGAUAUGGUGCCAAGCUUUGCAACAUUUUCAGCACAAAGUUCACUGUGGAGACUGCUUGUAAAGACUCAAAGAAGUGCUUUAAGCAGACUUGGUAUGAUAACAUGGGCAGGGCAGGGGAUGCUAACAUCAAACACUUUGACGGGGAGGAGUACACUUGCAUUACCUUCCGGCCAGACCUGCCCAAGUUCAAGAUGACCAUCCUGGAUAAAGACACAGUGGCUCUGAUGACCCGUAGAGCUUAUGAUAUCGCUGGAUCAUCCAAAGGUGUCCGUGUGUUCUUCAAUGGCAAGAAGCUGCCGGUAAAAGAUUUCCGUAGCUACGUGGACCUGUAUGUCCAGGACAAAGUGGAUGAACUUGGUGAACCCCUCAAAGUGAUCCAUGAGGUUGUCAAUGAUCGUUGGGAGGUCUGCCUAACCUUGAGUGAGAAGGGUUUCCAGCAAGUCAGCUUUGUCAACAGCAUUGCCACAACCAAGGGAGGGAGGCACACUGACUAUGUGGCUGACCAGGUGGUUGGCAAGCUCAUCGACGUGGUGAAGAAGAGAAACAAAGCUGGAGUUGCUGUCAAGCCUUUUCAGGUGAAAAACCAUAUGUGGCUGUUUGUUAACUGCCUGAUUGAGAACCCCACCUUCGACUCGCAGACCAAAGAGAACAUGACACUGCAGCAGAAGAACUUCGGCUCCAAAUGUCUUCUCAGUGAAAAGUUCAUUAAACAGGCCACAUCCAGUGGGAUUGUGGAGAGUAUCAUGAACUGGGUGAAGUUCAAGGCUCAGUCACAGCUCAACAAGAAGUGCUCGGCCGUCAAACACACAAAGAUCAAGGGGGUGCCCAAACUAGAUGAUGCCAACGACGCAGGUGGGAAGAACUCCAUAAGCUGCACACUCAUCCUCACUGAGGGAGACUCAGCCAAGACACUGGCUGUGUCUGGACUGGGUGUGGUUGGCAGGGAUCGCUAUGGUGUCUUCCCUCUCCGGGGAAAAAUGCUCAAUGUCCGGGAAGCUUCCCACAAACAGAUUAUGGAGAAUGCUGAGAUAAACAACAUCAUCAAAAUCCUUGGACUCCAGUACAGAAAGAACUACAGCGACCCAGAAUCCCUCAAGAGCCUUCGUUAUGGCAAGAUCAUGAUCAUGACAGAUCAGGAUCAAGAUGGCUCCCACAUUAAGGGCCUGCUCAUCAACUUCAUCCACCAUAACUGGCCUUCGUUGCUGCGCCACAACUUCCUGGAAGAGUUCAUCACCCCUAUCAUCAAGGCAUCGUUCAAGAAAACUCAGCUGUCUUUCUACAGUAUCCCUGAAUUCAAUGCAUGGAAGGAAAGCCAGCCCAACCACAAAUCUUGGAAAAUCAAAUACUACAAAGGUUUGGGAACCAGCACAUCACAGGAAGCCAAGGAGUAUUUCUGUGAUAUGCAGAGACACCGUAUCCCAUUCAAGUACUCCGGACCUGAGGAUGAUGAAGCUAUCACCCUAGCCUUUAGCAAGAAGAAAGUGGAUGAGCGAAAAGAGUGGUUGACCAAAUUCAUGACCAACAGGCGCCAGCGCAAGGAGCACAACUUGCCAGAGGAUUAUCUGUACGGCACGUCUACAAAGUCCCUGUCCUACAAUGACUUCGUCAACAAAGAGCUAGUUCUUUUCUCUAACUCUGACAAUGAGAGGUCUAUCCCCUGCCUGGUUGAUGGUCUGAAACCAGGACAGAGAAAGGUGCUGUUCUGUUGCUUCAAGAGGAAUGACAAACGGGAGGUAAAGGUGGCCCAGUUGGCUGGUUCUGUGGCGGAGAUGUCAGCCUACCAUCAUGGAGAAGCAUCUCUGAUGAUGACCAUCAUUGGUUUGGCUCAGAAUUUUGUGGGAAGCAACAACCUGAAUUUGUUGCAGCCUUUGGGUCAGUUUGGAACCAGGCUGCAUGGUGGGAAGGACUCCGCCAGCCCUCGAUACAUUUUCACCAUGCUCAGCCCUCUGGCACGCCUUGUUUUCCCACAAGUAGAUGACAACCUGCUGAAGUGCAUCUUUGACGACAACCAGCGCGUAGAGCCUGAGUGGUACAUCCCCAUCAUCCCCACCGUGCUGGUGAACGGUUCUGAAGGUAUCGGCACGGGCUGGGCCAGCAAAAUCCCCAACUAUGACAUACGAGAGAUCAUCAACAAUAUCCACCGUAUGCUCAACGGUGACGAGCCUCUGCCCAUGCUUCCAAGCUUCAAAGGCUUUAAAGGUGUGAUUGAGGAGGUGACGGACAACCAGUACAUGAUCAGCGGAGAAGUGGCCAUCCUCGACUCCAACACCAUUGAGAUCUCGGAGUUGCCUGUGAGAACUUGGACACAGAGCUACAAGGAGAAUGUGCUGGAGUCAAUGUUGAAUGGCACAGAGAAGGUCCCCCCUCUGAUCACAGACUACAAGGAAUACCACACUGACAGCACAGUCCGCUUUGUGGUGAAGAUGACAGAAGAGAAGCUGAGGGAGGCAGAAGCAGCUGGCCUCCACAAAGUCUUCAAACUGCAAAACAGCCUCACCUGCAGCUCUAUGGUUCUGUUUGACCACGUGGGCAGUUUGAGGAAGUAUGAGUCUGUGCAGGAUAUUCUGAAGGCCUUCUUUGAGUUGAGGAUGAAGUACUACGUGCUUAGAAAGGACUGGUUGGCCGGUAUGCUGGGGGCAGAAAGCGCCAAGCUCAGCAACCAGGCUCGCUUCAUCCUGGAGAAAAUCCAGGGCAAACUGGUCAUUGAAAACAAACCAAAGAAAGAACUGAUCCAGAUGCUGCAGCAGAUGGGAUACGACUCAGACCCAGUCAAAGCCUGGAAACUGGCUCAAGAGAAGGAUGAUGUGGAGAAUGAGGAGGAGGAAGAGGAAGGAGCAGAGAAGGAGGAGACCAGUGGACCAGACUACAACUACCUACUGAGCAUGCCCAUGUGGUUCUUGACCAAAGAGAAGAAGGAAGAGCUGUGCAAACAGAGAGAUUCUAAGCUGACCGAGCUGAACACCCUGAAGAACAAGACUCCAGCUGAUCUAUGGAAAGAAGACCUCGCUGCUUUCUCAGAGGAACUCGAGCGUAUUGAGGCAAAAGAAAAAGAGGAGACUUCCCUCCCUGCGGUCAAGGGCAAAGGAAAAGGCAAAGUGUUGAAGGUGAAGGUGGAAACGCUCCCAACGCCACAGGGCCGCCGCGUCAUCCCCCGCGUUACCAGCGCCAUGAAAGCUGAAGCCAACAGGAAGGCUGAUCUGAAGAAAGGGGAGGGCAAGAGGGGCAGGAAAGUCAAGACUGAGGAUGUGGUGAUGAGGAUGGAAUUUGGAGAGGAUGGGGAGAACAUGGAGCCAGCAGAGGAGGUCGGCUUAGCUGCACGGCUCAGCAAGAAAACUAAAACCACCACAAAGGAAAAAGUUGCAGCAACAACUGGCAAGCAGACCACCCUUCAGUUCAAACCUGUUGACAAGAAGCGGAAGAAGAACCCUUGGUCCGACAAUGAGUCUGAUGAUGCAUCCGAGGAUGAUGAGGAUGUGGAGGAGGUGGUCGCACCCAGAGAGAAGGUCGAACGCAAAACUAAAGGUGCGGUGAAGUACAGCAUGUCCGACAGUGAGGACGAGUUUGAUGACUGGGGCAGGAAAGACGCCCCAAAACAGAGAGCUGUUAUCAGUGACGAUGACAGCUUCAUUCCAGAGGCCAAAUCCACGGCCGACAGCGACGUGGAAUCUCCAGCUCCGCAGCCCAAGAAGAAAGUUGUAAAGAGUAAGACAACAGUGAAACCAGCUGAAAUGAAAUCAACCUCUCCGUCUGAUGAUCAGGCACCUGCAUCCAAACCUCCGGUUCAACGGAAAACCAAAGAAGCAGCCCCCAAGAAACCCGCCGCCGCCAAGAAGGCAGCAGCGCCCAAGAAGAAGGCUGCAGAUGUGAAGCAGCCAUCCAUCAUGGAUGCCCUGACAAAGGCCAAGCCCAAAGCUAAAACCGCUGCCAAGAAGCUCCCUUCAUUUGACUCCAGCGACUCUGAAGCUGAUGUUAAAGCCGAAGUUACAGAGAAGAAACCUGUUCUCAAACGGAAGCAGGUGGUUAGCGAGGAGUCAGACAGCAGCUCAGACGACCUCAUGUCACGCCUCAAGGCUAAACCCACCGCCGGGACCAAGAAAUCUAAGAAGUGGGACGACGAUGAUGACAGCUUCCAGAUAUCGAACCAGGAAGCGGCGGCUCCUGUUGCCGUGGCGCCGAGGGACAAACCCUCACGUGCCAGGAAAGUCAUAACCUACAUCCAGGACUCAGACUCAGACGACGACAUGUAAACGUUGCUGUUGAUUUAAAGCCUCGUCUUGUUUUUUAGUUUAGUAUUAAAGACAGGUUUUUUAUUCAAUUUUAUUCGUAGUUUGUACCAGUUUAUCGCUCAGCGUUUAUCACUGUUGCAUGCGUGGGCCUAAUACAAAUCUGAUUCAAUGUAAUGUCGUUUUAUAGAGAAGCAGAUGCAAAGUUUCUGAUUGAAUUUUUGUGUUUGUUUGUGCUAACCACUUGUUUGUCUUGUAAAUAUUUUUAUGGUUCCUUUUAAAUGUUGAAAAAUAAAGUUUCUGUGUUUCUAUGAA